CUACGCAUGGCUGAGUCAGUGACUGUGAGAAAUUGAAUUGAAUUAAUAUCUAGAGGGGUUUGCGUCUUUGAACACUUAAUGGACUGUAUAGCUACAAUCUCUUAUCCUUGAGGGGAAGAUGAUGGAGGAAAAAGUAAAGCUCGCUGAUGGUGCAGUGAACUACUGAAGAAAUGAUGGAAAUACCAAAUAUGCUGAACUUAACAAGUAAUGCCAAAGGAUGCUGAUCUGGCUUUCAAAGCUGCCUUCUUGGAAGGAACAGAAUUCCUUUGUGUCCUGAUUUCAAAAUUAUUCCCAUGCUUUUGUGUUUCUUCCCUGAUAGAUACAAGAGGAAGCACCUCAUCUCGUGUUGCUAAAGGAGUAGACUACACAAAAAUGAGCCUCCAUGGUGCGAGUGGUGGACAUGAGAGAUCAAGGGACAGACGCAGAUCAAGUGACCGAUCCCGUGACUCAUCCCAUGAAAGAGCAGAAUCUCAGCUCACUCCGUGCAUCAGGAAUAUUACUUCACCAACAAGACAGUAUCAUUCUGAUCGAGAAAAGGAUCACAGUUCAUCUCGACCAAGCAGUCCUCGUCCUCAGAAGACCUCCCCUAACGGUUCGGUGGUUAGCAUGGGGAACAGCAGCAGAAACAGCAGCCAGUCGAGUUCAGAUGGGAGCUGCAAGGCUAGCGGCGAAAUGGUAUUUGUGUACGAAACUGGAAAAGAGGGAGCUCGGAAUGUAAGAACUUCUGAACGAGUAACACUCAUAGUGGAUAACACCAGAUUUGUUGUAGACCCUUCCAUCUUUACUGCACAACCUAAUACAAUGUUGGGCAGGAUGUUUGGAUCAGGCAGAGAACAUAACUUUACACGUCCUAAUGAAAAAGGAGAGUAUGAAGUUGCUGAAGGAAUUGGUUCCACUGUGUUUCGUGCUAUUCUGGAUUAUUACAAGACUGGAGUGAUACGCUGUCCUGAUGGAAUAUCUAUUCCUGAACUGAGAGAAGCAUGUGACUAUCUCUGUAUUUCUUUUGAGUACAGCACUAUUAAAUGCAGAGAUCUCAGUGCUCUCAUGCAUGAAUUGUCAAAUGAUGGUGCUCGCAAACAAUUUGAGUUUUAUCUAGAAGAAAUGAUUCUCCCAUUAAUGGUAGCUAGUGCCCAGAGUGGUGAGAGGGAGUGCCACAUUGUUGUGCUGACAGAUGAUGAUGUUGUUGACUGGGAUGAAGAGUAUCCUCCACAAAUGGGAGAGGAAUAUUCACAAAUUAUUUACAGCACAAAAUUGUAUAGAUUCUUCAAAUACAUUGAAAAUCGAGAUGUGGCCAAAUCAGUUCUGAAGGAAAGGGGGCUGAAGAAGAUCCGCCUGGGCAUUGAAGGUUAUCCUACAUACAAAGAGAAGGUGAAAAAGCGACCGGGCGGAAGGCCAGAGGUGAUUUACAACUAUGUCCAAAGACCAUUCAUUCGGAUGUCCUGGGAAAAGGAGGAGGGAAAGAGCCGACAUGUUGACUUCCAGUGUGUGAAAAGCAAAUCUAUCACAAACUUGGCAGCAGCAGCAGCAGAUAUACCCCAGGAUCAGCUUGUGGUAAUGCACCCUACCCCCCAGGUAGAUGAGCUGGAUAUUCUGCCUAUUCACCCUCCACCCAGUAACAGUGAGAUGGAUACUGAGGGACAAAACCUACCGCUCUGAUCCAGACUCUCACUAAAAUAAAAGCAUGCUCCUUUAAAGUGACUCUGUACUCAGCUCAUGCUACACUGCAAUUCCAGUGUUUUCCAUUGUGUAACAGUGUUCAGGAUAUUGCAGGAUGGACCUUGGAAAAGGCCAAAGGGAGUACCCCAUUGGUUUUGAGAGUACAGAGCAAACAUCCCGGGGUUACAGUUACAUACAUGUACGUGUUUACCAGUAGGUUUGUGACAUUGGUGAUUUGUAUGCUGGACUGUCCUCACUCUUAAGGCCACCAAAAACCAGUGGGAUGCUGGUGGCUAGUGUACAUCAGUGUUGUUCCAUGGGGGUUAGACUGCAGAAUUGGAAUUGAUAGUAGCACUUUAUAAAUGGUUGAUAAAUGGAAUUUGAAGCCAUUUUUUAUAAAUGUAUUGCACAAUACUAACAAAGUGCUUCUAUCAAGUAUUAACUGUAAAUAGUUUUGCUCUGAAUAGACUGACCCUUUUAAAGUUAUUGUAUAUGGUUGAGCACAAAACUACUGUUGGGUUUUUGGAUUGAAGACACGAUUCAAUUACCCAUGUAACAUCUUGUUGAAGUUCUUCAGUGAAUUUUUUCACUUGUUUGCAGCGUGAGCCAUGUUCAAAAAUUGUGAACGAUGGAUAGGGGCUUUAUCUUCAAUUUUGCCUUACCUUACUCUGUUCACAGCUAUUUAUUUAAUACAUUUUUCAUAAGUGUCAUGAAAUAGGAAAAUGCAAAUGGUUCAUUCUUCAUUUAUUAAUGAUUGUAAACAAGUUUUUCAUGCAAAUAAAGUUUCCAUUAUUUUAAUGGGUUUGAAUUAUCAGUGAAUGAGACUGUAGAGAUGAUUUUUGAAAGUACUUGCUUUUUUUUCCUCAGGGAAGGAUGGUUAACACUAAGUGAAAAACAAGUAUUUCUUAACAGUAAGGUAGGCUGACAGUACCAGCUUUCUCUUUGUUUUUCUUGGUAAGUAAUAAUAGCUUCUUCAGAAAUGUAUUGUAGUGACAGUCUUGUGUGUGUGAGGUUUUGUUU